AUGCCUUCUCCAUCUACUACUAUGCGUAUGUUUGAACCAUCAAAAAUGUCACAAUCCGCUGCUUUUGGUGUUGCAUUUACAGAAAAAAUGCCUCCUCUAUCUACUAUUAUUCGUAAAUCAACAAUAUCUGAAAGAAAAGGAGUGUCAAAAACUACUGCCAUUGCUGUCGUACCUACAACUUUAAUAUCACCUUCUAAUAGAAACAUUCGUAUUUCUUGGACUUAUUCAUCCGAAGUAACCACAGUUCAAAUGGUUGCGAAUAAUUUAAAAGUUCAGCAAUGGGUGGCCUUGGGUUUAUCACUCGACGAAGAGAUGGGUGAAGAUCAUGUCUUUGUUUGUCAACAUUUAUCAGAUAACAGUAUUGUUGUAAAACGCUUAAUAAAUCCAGGUGGUCAUGUAGUGCCGAUUGCUGCUCCAUCGAAUGACGGCGGAACAUUUAACGCUACACAAGCAAAAAUAGAAAAUUCUGUUGUUACAUGUGGAUUUACAUUAUCGAAUUUUGGUUCAAGAAAAAAGCGUCGGUCAGUAAUACCGACACUUUCUCAAACAGUCAAAUAUCAUCCACUCGUUGCAGUUGGACCACUGGAUAGUUCAAAUUCAAUGAGAAUGCAUACAAGCAAAGAACCUCAAUCACAAUUAGUGUCAUUAAAUGGUGAAGCACAGAUUUCGUACAAUCCUGUUUAA